GCGAGGUCUGGCAAGCAAAAUGGCACCCGCAUCCACGCUGGUCAACAAAAUCAAGGUGCAGCUCAAGCUGAGCAUCUCGCGUCUGCGCAUGGUGCAGCAAAAGGAUACUGCUCUGGCAAAGCAGCAGCGACGGGAAAUGGCCCAGCUGCUGGAAAUGGGCAAAAUCGAGAGCGCGCGCAUACGAGUAGAGAACAUCAUCCGCUCCGAUCUGCACACAGAGCUGCUUGAGAUCAUAGAACUCUACUGUGAGCUGCUGACAGCCCGCGCCGGUCUGCUGGAAGCCAAAGAGGUCGAUCCGGGAUUAGAAGAAGCUGUCCAGAGCAUCAUUUAUUCCGCGCCGAAGAUCGAUGGCGUAAAGGAGUUGAGCACAGUCAGACAGCUGCUAGCAGAGAAGUUUGGCAAAGAAUUCACCUUGGAAGCUGUGGAGAACAAAGCUGGGAAAGUGCCGGAGCGCGUGCUCAAGAAACUCGAGGUGAAGCCUCCAGCGAAGGAGCUGGUCGAGGCAUACCUGGAGACGAUCGCGGAAGCAUACGGCGUUGACUAUCCACCAGGCUCGAGAGCGAAGCGAGAUGCCGAGCUUGCAGCAGCCGACGAAGACGAAGACGAAGAGGAUGGUGAUGGUGAUGAUGAUGACAACCCCUCGGGUGGACAGAAAGUGAAAGUUCUGGAAGCACCGUUGUCGACAGACGAGCUGAGCAAAGCUACACCACCCCGAGACAUGGGCCCAAAGAGUCCCGUUUCCGUCAUGCCUCCCUCGCCGAGCACCGACAAUGUGCGACCAAAGGUCACAGGCGCAUCCGAUUUGAAGCCUCCAAAGAAGAUGACGGAUGCUGCAAAGGCGAAUGGCGCUAAGAAGGCAGACAAUGGCCCAGGAGGCAAAAUACCAGACAUCGAUGAGCUGCAGAAACGAUUUGCUUCGUUAAAACGAGGAUGAAUACAAACAAUUU